CUUGUUCAUAGGCAGAUAUAUAUCUAGUGAGGGUUACAUAUUUACCUUAGUAGACACUAAGAUGGACGAAAAGAAGCAAAGGGUUUUUGAUUGUUGCAUAUUUGCAUGUUUGGUUAUCUUUGUUGUUGUUGUUCCAGAAGCUGAGGGUCGAGCAUUUUUUGUUUUUGGUGAUUCGCUAGUUGACAAUGGCAACAAUAACUACCUACUCACCACUGCUCGUGCCGACUCGUAUCCUUAUGGAAUUGACUAUCCCACUCACAGAGCCACUGGUCGUUUCUCCAAUGGCCUCAAUAUUCCAGACAUUAUCAGUGAGCGAAUUGGCUCGGAACCCACAUUGCCAUAUUUGAGUCCUGAGCUAAAUGGAGAGAGGCUACUCGUUGGUGCCAAUUUUGCUUCUGCUGGGAUAGGAAUUCUCAAUGACACUGGAAUUCAGUUUAUAAACAUAAUCCGAAUCAGCAGACAAUUACAGUACUUUGAGCAGUAUCAACAAAGGGUGAGUGCACUAAUUGGAGUAGAGCAGACUCAACGACUGAUCAACCAAGCACUGGUCCUCAUAACCUUAGGUGGCAAUGAUUUUGUUAACAACUACUACCUGGUGCCAUUCUCUGCAAGAUCACGCCAAUUUGCACUACCAGACUAUGUUGUAUACCUUAUUUCCGAGUAUCGCAAAAUUCUUGUGAGGCUUUAUGAAUUGGGAGCAAGACGAGUUUUGGUGACUGGAACGGGACCUUUAGGUUGCGUGCCUGCAGAGUUAGCACAGCAUAGCAGAAACGGGGAGUGUGCAGCGGAUCUGCAACGGGCUUCUGACUUGUUCAAUCCUCAACUUGUCCAAUUGGUUAAUCAACUCAACUCUCAAAUUGGUUCCAAUAUCUUUAUUUCAGCAAAUGCCUUCCAAUCCAAUAUGGAUUUCAUUAGUAACCCUCAAGCUUACGGCUUUGUGACAUCAAAAGUUGCAUGCUGUGGACAAGGGCCUUACAAUGGGAUUGGACUUUGCACUCCGGCGUCUAACCUCUGCCCAAACAGGGAUUUAUAUGCAUUUUGGGACCCCUUCCAUCCAAGUGAGAGAGCAAACAGAUUGAUUGUGGAGACGUUCAUGAUUGGAGACACCAAAUACAUGAACCCGAUGAAUCUCAGUACCAUUAUGCAUUUGGAUUCAACGACCUAAUUGUUAUAUUUUUCUUAUUAUAUAUGCACUAGAUCUUGUGUUAUAUAUUGAUUGUUUAAGCUAUAUUGUUACAAAUUAUUUGAAACACGGGAUUUUGUAAGAUAUUUUUUCUUCUUUAAGCUUUGCUUUGAAGGGAAAAAAACGAAAAACAAAAGUCUAUGGCGUGUCAAUGAAUGUUUGACUUUAGAUAUUGUAACUUGUGGACCAUGUAUGGACAGUAUUGUUGGGUAUUGUUAUUUACA